AUGUUGGGGAUCUACCGUCUCGGCCUCCAGAUUCUCGUCAAUGAUGGACAACUCGGUGUCACUGAUACACUGGUUGACGACAACAAUAAACCUGUGCCGGUGUACGUGGAUAUGGAGGUGUAUUACAUACCACCAAGAGUUCGUGAUAGGAUUCCAGUAGCAAUAGCAGGUCCCAGCAAAAUUGUUCCAUCUAAAAGUAACGCCCAAUCAUCGGCUCAUGGGUCUUGUAACUCUGUCGUAAUUGCUAUAGAAGGACCACACUCUCAAAGUUCUGAUGCCCAGUCUGAUAUCGAUGAUGACAAUGCCCUUGAAAACAUAGAGCGGAAUAUAGCGAACUUGGAGCGUUCUUUACAAAACAAAGAAGUGGUAGUUGAUAUAGAAUCUAGCGACGAAUCCAGAGCUCGCAAGCUUAAGAUUGCAGGAAAACGCCUCCUCAAACGUAGUUUCACUAUAGGCGGGGCGCAGAGAGUAAUGCCAACAGCAGAUGAACGUCCCGAGCGCAAGAAAACUUCCGCGUUUAAGAAUGUGAAAAGUCUAAUGAGAUUUGGACGCGCACAUCGUCGCUAUAGCAUCGGUGAUGAAGAGCAAAAUCUACUGGAAUGUAUGCCUGGACCGUCUUCCGAACCUGACCGUCCUAUAAGUCAAACUUCGGCAUCAUCUGAAGAGGUGUUGGUCGAUACAACGGAAAUGGUUAACAAGAAAAGAAUACGUAAUAACUUCACUGUAUCUGGCAGUUCUCCGCUUAAAGCUGCUGACUUUCAAGUAUGCAUCACUAUAAUUGAGGCACGUCAACUGGCUGGACUUAACAUGGACCCAGUUGUGUGCAUCCAGAUCGCUGAUCAGCGGAAAUACACCAGCGUGAAAGAGAGCACCAAUUGUCCAUAUUACAACGAGUAUUUCGUCUUCGAUUUCCACAUGCCGCCAGUCAUGCUGUUAGAUAAAAUUAUAACCUUAUCGGUAUUGCAGUCUCGAAAUAUUUUGCGGUCGAAUAAAUUGCUCGGCAGCUUUAAGCUCGACAUCGCUACUGUGUGGAACCAACCAGACCGCCAGUUUUACCACAAAUGGGCACUGCUGACUGAUCCGGACGACGUGACUGCAGGGGCCAAGGGCUACCUGAAAUGUGACAUCACUGUGAUUGGGAAAGGAGACGCCGUCAAGGUUCCAUCCAAAAGUGAGAAGGACGAAGAUGAUAUUGAAGCGAAUUUGCUCCUCCCUGAUGGAGUUCCCAUCGAGCGCCAGCGCGCAAAAUACAUCGUGAAGAUUCACCGUGCUGAAGGUUUGCCUAAGAUGAAUUACUCAAUACUGGCAAACGUAAAAAGAGCCUUUACCGGAGAAAGUCAAGACCUGGUAGAUGCGUAUGUCGAAGUCUCUUUUGCUGGAAUGACUGGAUACUCAUCUGUAAAGAAAAGCUCCUACAACCCGGUUUGGAACGAACAGAUUGUAUUUACUGAGAUGUUCCCACCGCUUUGCCAGCGCAUCAAACUUCAACUGAAAGACAAUGCUCCUGUACAACCGAAUGUUAUAGGCACUCAUUUUAUAGAUCUAAAAACGAUAUCUAACGAUGGAGAGAAAGGUUUUUUACCAACGUAUGGACCAUCUUAUAUAUGCCUUUAUGGGUCUACACGAGAUUAUAGUUUGUUGGAUCAGCACUCCGGCCUUAAUUUGGGGAUGGGAGAAGGAGUUUCCUAUAGAGCAAGGAUUCUCAUCUCAGUCCGCACUGAAAUCAUGGAUAAUAUGGAAUGCCCUGCAUCGGAAGUAGAAAUGGAACCAUUUUUGGCUAUAAACGAACCCAGUUUUGAAAAGAAUGAGGAAUUCUUUUUGUUUACCAGUAUAUUUGAUGCAAACAUGAUAGACAAACGUAUUAGUGAUAAACCAAUGCAUUUUGAGCUAAGUGUUGGUAACGCAGGUAACUCUUUAGAUGGCCAUCAUGAAUCAGUGAGACGACCAUACGACUUGGAUGUCCCAGAACUUAAUGAUUUGAGUGCUGAUACCGGUUAUUGGCAAAGUACAACUUAUCCAUCAAGAGCAAUGUCAACUGACAAGAAUUAUUACUAUCUACCACUCUGGGCCGAUAAACAAUGCAUGCAUAUUCGCAGUAUAUGGCCAGAUCAUCGCAGGCGAAUGUAUAAUUCUAAUCUAAUUGCCAGAAUCAUUGAAAAAUUCGAAGAAGGACUAUCAGAUGUUCAAGUAGCCAUCGAGACAGAUGUCGGACCUGAUAACUCGGCUGUGAUAGCCCUCAAGACUACUCUAGAAACUAUUACCAAUGCAUGUAUUGCGUAUGUGCGUCAUAUGUCCAAUGUCCCACCUAUUGGAAGUACAAAGCUUGACAAGGAAAGACAUAAGUUAUGCAUCUUUGAGAUAGAUCAAAUCGGAUCAAUGUCGAAAACCUUAAAAGCCCUUAUCACGAAACAUUCCAUGAAGGAUCGGAUACGAACAGCAUAUACCUAUCUCACAAAAUUGAGACACCUGUGUGAAGAUCCUCAACACGCAAUGCCAGACGUUUUCAUAUGGCUGGUGAGUAAUGGAAAACGAAUAGCAUAUCAGAGAAUUCCAGCUAGAGACCUUAUAUACUCUGAAGUACCGGAAGAGUGUGGUAAAUAUUGUGGAAAAAUGCAAACCCUAUAUCUAAAGUGGCCAGGAAAAAAAGCUUUAACACCCAGUGGUUGGACGAUACCGGCUAAAAUUAACGUAUACAUAUGGCUGGGUCUUACACAAGAUAAAAAGCACUACAUUGAUGGAUUGCCUCAGGGCUACGAAUUGAGCAAUGAAUUAAGAAAUGCUGACAAAAUACGUUAUAAUGCACCUCACACUAUAUAUUACACUGAGAAACAUACGUUCCAAAUGCGUGCUUAUAUAUACCAAGCGAGGUCAUUGAUAGGAUCAGAUUCAUCUGGCCUAUCAGAUCCCUUUGCUAGAGUAGUAAUUAACGAAUGUACCGCGACAACACAAGUUAUAGACGAAACUCUAAGUCCUACCUGGGAUGAGACUCUUAUAUUUGAAGAUAUUUUGUUAUACAGUACAAUGGAGCAAAUAAAAGCAGAACCCCCAACCAUUGUUAUUGAGAUUUUUGAUCAGGACAAAGUAGGAAAAUCUGAGUUUAUAGGUCGGACACUGGCAAAACCGCACAUAAAGACUUUCGAAGAGAUACGCCAGAAAACGCAACUACCUUCACUUGAAUGGUAUGACAUUACACGUGGCGAUGACAGUGCAGGUGAACUUCUUGCUGCAUUUGAAUUACUGGAAAUUCCUCCUAAACAGGAUUCGUCCAUAUUACCAGAGCUCCCGUCUCCAAGGGAACCUAAUGGAAAACCACCUAUUGACACAAACAAAGGUCCAAUUCUUCCAGUACCAGUAGGAAUUCGCCCCACUUUAUCGAAAUAUCGUAUUGAAGUUUUGUUUUGGGGUUUACGUGAUCUCAAACGAGUACAUCUUCUGACUGUAGAUAAACCCCGAGUUGAUAUAGAAUGUGCCGGCAAUAUCAUAUAUUCAACGGUCAUACAAAAUGCAAAAAGAAAUCCCAAUUUCAUAAAUCCUGUAAAAUAUGUCGAUGUAGAAUUACCAGAUCAGGAUUUAUAUAGACCACCAUUAACAAUUCGAGUAGUAGAUUGUCGAAGUUUUGGCAGGAUUACACUUGUUGGUACACAUACCAUAAAUUCCAUUCAUAAAUAUAUGUAUACACCGAUGAGUAAAAAGGAAAGGGAAAUCGAAGAAAGAAAGAAGUCUAUAAUUCCACUCCAAAAUGUGGACUUACGUGCUAACUGCAUUCUGCAGGAUGAUGUGUAUAUUGAAAACGAAAGAGAAAAUUGCCCUUUACUUACUCGUUAUGGACGCGGAAAUAUAAGUUAUGGUUCUGGUGUAAAACUACCGAUGCGCAAAAAGUUUUCAAAAGGCGAAUCUAGUAAAAAGAGGAAAGCCAGUACUGAUUCCAUAUUAGAUGAAGACGAUGACAAUAAGGACUGGUGGACUAAGUAUUUUGCUUCGGUAGAAUCAAUGAUUGAAGUAGAAAGAGAAGCCAAGAAGGAACUUCAAGGAUAUCUUCAAGCCCCACAAACAUCAUCAUCAUCUCAUGUAGAUGAAAUACGACCUUUUAGAGACGAAGUACAAUCUAUGCGAGCUGACCGUGAUGGUACAAGGCUACAACAGCCAGCUUCACCAAGACAUAAACUUAGCCCUACUGUAUCAAAGAAAAAUGAAAUACCCAAUUCGGCAUUGACAAAGAUAUACCCACACGAGUUGGAAGCUGUACCGGAGUAUGAUGAAUUCAAAGAAUGGUUAAAUUCUUUUGAAUUAUAUAGAGGAAAAAAAACUGGUGAUGAAUGCGAAGAUGAAAACCGAGUAGUUGGUGUUUUUAAGGGUGCAUUAAAAGUAUGCAAAUGGCCUCUACCAAAAGGAAUUGAUGAUCAUACUGUUAUGGGAUUUGACCCAAAGCACGGAUUUUUCCAAGGCGUUCCGAACAAUGAACCAAUACAUGUUCUCGUGAGAAUAUAUAUUGUUAAAGCUACGGAUCUGCACCCCAUGGACCUCAACGGAAAGGCAGAUCCGUACAUAGUCUUACAUUUGGGUUCAAAGAGAAUAAGCGACAAAGAAAACUAUGUCUCGAAACAACUUAAUCCUGUUUUUGGAAAAUGCUUUGAAAUUGAGGCAACAUUUCCUCAAGACUCAAUGCUCAACAUUCAAGUUCUAGAUUGGGAUUUACUGGGAUCUGAUGAUUUAAUAGGAGAAACUAAAAUCGAUCUCGAAAAUAGAUUUUAUAGUCGGCACAGGGCAACAUGUGGACUACCUAUGAAAUAUGAAGAGCAGGGUUACAACCGUUGGCGUGAUGCUUUGAAACCCACACAAAUUUUGGCAAAAUUAUGCAAAGAUGGUAAAUUAGAUCCACCUGUAUAUGAACUUGGAAGAGUCAAAGUUGGACGGACUGUAUUUAAUAUGCCAAUGGAUGAUAAGGAAUUAUUCUCUAAUCCCGACACAGUUGAAGAGCAGAUGGCACUAGUAGUCUUGCGACGUUGGCAGGAAGUUCCACGGGUGGGAACCAGAUUAGUCACUGAACACAUUGAAACAAGACCACUUUAUAAUCCAAAUAAACCCGGUAUUGAGCAAGGACGUCUUGAAAUGUGGGUAGAUAUGUUCCCUAUGGAUAUGCCUCUACCAGGUCCACCAAUGGAUAUUUCAGCUCGUAAACCUAAAUCUUACGAAAUGAGAGUAAUAAUAUGGAACACUGAUGACGUGGUUCUAGAAGAUGAUGCUUUCUUUACUGGAGAAAAAAUGUCUGAUAUUUAUGUGAAAGGGUGGAUAAAAGGUCCAGACGAUUGUCAAUGUACAGAUAUACAUUACCGUUCAUUAACAGGAGAAGGAAAUUUUAACUGGCGAUUCAUAUAUCCUUUCGAUUAUUUGGAAGCUGAAGAGCGUAUUGUAAUCUCUCGUAAAGAGUCCGUUUUCUCGUGGGAUGAAACAGAAUGUAAGAUUCCUGCACGACUUGAACUACAAGUGUGGGAUGCAGAUCAUUUUUCAGCAGAUGAUUUCUUGGGAGCUAUUACCUUAGAUUUAAAUAGAUUUCCACGUGGAGCUAAAUCAGCUAAAUUGUGCACAUUGGAAAUGUUAAGAAGCGAUGGCACGGUGCCUUUAAUAAAUAUCUUUAAACAAAAGCGUGUCAAGGGCUGGUGGCCAUUUUAUAUUAAGCGCGACACUGAGGAAAUGGAGUUGACCGGGAAGGUCGAAGCUGAAAUCCAUAUUCUUACUCGUGAAGAAGCUGAUAAAGUACCAGCUGGUCUAGGACGUAGUGAACCAGAUCCCCUGGAUAAACCCAACCGUCCAGAUGCUUCCUUUAUGUGGUUCCUCAAUCCACUAAAAUCGAUCCGCUACAUAAUCUGGCAUAGCUACAGGUGGACAGCUGUCAAAGUAUCUAUAUUCCUUACGUUAACUAUAAUGUUCUUACUUUUAAUGUGGGCUGUACCUGGCUAUUUAGUAAAAAAAUUACUCGGUGCUUAAAUACCGGCUUUCAUUAGAAUAAGUAAUGUUUUUAUUUUUUAUGUAUUCCAUACCAACCACACGGUUAAAUAUUAUUCGGCGCUUAAUUACCGGCUAAAUAUCCACAUAUUUAAUAGUAGACAUUACUAACCAGAAGUAGUAAUCUUUAACAAUUUAUUUCACAAUAAUAUCUCAACAUAUACAGUCAACUUACACAAAAACUUGCAUAUUACAUUGCAUAGAAUAAGUAAUGUUCUCGCUUUUAAUGUAUCUCAUACUUAGUCACAUGGUAAAAUAUUACUCGGUGCUUAAUUACCGACUGAAUGUGUAUUCACAAUUUUAAAAGUAGAGAUAAGUGACUAGAUGAAGUAAAGUAUAAAAACGUAGCGUAUGUUAAUGUCUCAACAUAUAUAACCAACUUAAACAAUAUAUAUAUUAUAUUGUAUUAGAAUAAGUCUUACUUUUAAAGUAUGCCAUACCUGGCCACAUGGUAAAAUAUUACUCGGUGCUUAAUAACCGACUGAUUGUGUAACCACAAUUAUAAUAAUAGACUACGCUAUCUAGAAGAAGUAAUGUUAACCGACUUAUAUUAAUAUCUCGACAUAUAUAAUCAAAUUAUGCAAAUCAUAUGUUACACUGUAUUAGAAUAACUAACGCUCUUACUUUCUAUGUAUGAAGUAUCUGAACACAUGAUAUUAUAAAUAGUACUCAGUUCUGAAUUACCGACAGAAUAUAUAUCAUAUCAUAUAAUAGAAGUAAUGUUUAACAACAACAGCUUAUGCAAGAUAUAUAAUGCAUUGUAUUAGAAUAGGUAAUAUUCUUACUUUUAACAUAUCUAUCCGAUAGCUAGGUAUCGUGGUAUACAUGGUAAAAUUUUUCUCAUUGAACAUGUAUCGACUAUUUUAAUGGUAGAAAUCAGUAACUAGAAGAGGUAAUGUUACACACCUUGACACCUUAGCUUAUAUUAAUAUCACAACAUAUUACCUACUGAAUGAGUAUUCAUAAUUUUAAUAAUAGAGAACACUAACUAGAAGAAAUAAUGUUGACUUAGCUUAUUUUAAUGUUCAAAAAAUGUAUAAUCAACUUACAGAAAACAUACAUUACUUGUAUUAGAAUUAUUAAUGCUCUUGCUAUUAAUUUAUGCUGUACUUCGUGACAUCUUUACAUUUUACUCGGUUCUUAAUUUCCAACUGAAUGUGUAUCCACAAUUAUACUCGUAUUAGUAAAAAGCAGUAACUUAGACUAUAUUAAUAUCUCACCAUAUGUAAUCAACUUAUACAAAACAUAUAUCGCAUUGUUUUAGAAUAAGUAAUGUUUUAACUUUUAAUGUAUGUCAUACCUUGAUAUAGUAUUACUCGGUCCUUAAUUACUAGCUGAAUAUGUAUCCACAAUUUUAAUAGUAGAAAUCAGUAUCUAGAAAGAAUAAUGUUUAAAAAUUUAACUUACA